AUGAAACGCAGCAUGCCGUCGGUUCCGACUGUGAUGCUUCAUGGCAGGCGGUAUCGUAGACUGUGUCUUCUGGUUUUGUUUUUACUGUCACUACUCACACUGAGUUCUUUCCUCCAAGCGUGGCGCUCAAGUGAGCUGUCGAAAAUCGUGAUAAACUCUCUACUUGAGUCACAGCGAGAGGAAAGCCUUACUGGGCUGAGGUUCGCUGAAAAAAAGUGCUCCGAAUACUUCAGAACUUUAAGUUCGCUCGAUAACGAAUGGGAAACAAGAAGCUUUGGCGAUGCGCACACGCCAUUGUUUUCGAGGAGGCAUGUGUUGGAGUCUGUUCGUCAUAUGAGGGUUUUCGGUCAAUGCUUCAUCCAGAAUUCGUCGCCUUACGGGGACCUGAAUAUCAGAAAAAUCGAAGACAGACUGUUUCCCACGUUUACCGGUAUUUUGCCCACUUUUAGAAGGUGGGACGGACUGACUAUCGAAGGAUUUCCUGCGGCAGACGGUGUUCUCAAUUCAGGGCCACCCAUUUCUUCUGAUUUUUCGUUCUGGAAGCAGGUAAAGGGCAAAAUGAAAGGCCGGGGCUUGGUGAUUAGUGUAAGUGACAGCUGCGUUUCCGACGCCAAACGGCUGCUCAGGGUGCUCAGAGCGCUCCAUAACGAAUUACCUAUCCAAUUAGUGCAUAAAGGAGACCUAUCGGACAAUUCUAUGCAAGAACUCAUCAAAGUUGGAAGAGACACAAUAAGCAUCGAAAUGAAUGACACAAACUACGAGUUGGGAUAUCCGCAGGAGCUUUGGUUUGUGGAUGCAGAAAAAUCGGUAGGACCGGAAUUUUCACCUUUAUUCAAAAGGUACUCCAAUAAGUGGAUCGCUACCUUGUUCAAUUCGUUCGAGGAAAUGAUUUUCUUGGAUGUGGAUGCAGUGCUGUUUGUUAAACCAAGCUCUUUUUUUAACAAAGAUGGUUACAGGGAAACGGAUGCUUUCUUUUUCAGGGACAGGCUCAUUGACGAACAUAUAACGCGCAGGGAAUUGAGUUACUUGAAAAGGCUGUUGCCAUCUAAGAUCGAGGCAUCAAUCUUCGAUUUUGAUACUGGCGAGGCUAUGAUGAAACACAGCGACGUCUUCCAAUCUCGUUAUAAACAUGUAGCGGAAACCGGGAUCUUUGUUCUGAAGAGGCCAAAUCAUAUUCCCGGUCUUCUUAUUUCUACCGCUUUGAACCUUUGGAAGGAAACAAAUGAGAUUUUUCAUGGGGAGAAAGAGCUCUUUUGGCUGGGUCAGUCUAUAGCUGGUACCGACCAGUAUCGUUUCAGUAAAAAUCCAGCUGGCGCCUCAGGUAUUUUGACCCGAAAUGACAAGAAGAAGAUCACAUAUACAUGUUCGGCUCAGCCAGCACAUUUUGAUGAUAAUAACAAGCUUCUUUGGCUGAAUGGCGGAGCCAGGUAUUGCAAGUGGAAAUCCUGGGCGUCUGAUUUUGCCAAACAAAAGUCACUUCGAGAAGCUUAUAGUUGCGCCGAAGAUUUGAUUGAGCUUUAUGCGACGCCCAUCAAAGUUAAUGGCGCAGUGAUUCCCGCAAGGUCAGAUUUGUCGCUGCUUCAAAAAGCGCUGGGACAAAAGAGUGGUUUUCAAAAGUGCGAGGCUUUGGGGUGCUCCGGUUAUCAAUGGUGUGCAUACAACCGCGACGAUCGCGCGACGGGAAAGACUUUAGAGUUUACCCAGGCAGAAGUCAGCCAUUUUCAAUUCAUUGUCAACGUAUGGAACGUAGAUUGA